AAUGAUCCACAAAUUGCACAGAAGAUCAUAUCCGUUGCUUAGGCCAUGCCGAAGAUGGAUAUAUACCAACUUUUAUCCUGGUAGUAGGUUUGCAAGAGUUGAAGCAUCUCCGAAUUUUCCAAAGUCUGAAGAGAAAGUGCUUAAAUAUUGGGAUAAAAUUAAUGCUUUUGAAAAACAGCUGGAGAUCACUAAGGAUUUACCUCCAUUUACGUUCAAUGACGGACCUCCUUUUGCCACAGGGCUUCCACACUAUGGACACUUGGCAGUAGGAGCCAUUAAGGAUACAGUUUGCCGUUACGCUGUUCAGAAUGGCCACUACGUUGAGCGAAGAUUCGGAUGGGACUGCCACGGUUUGCCCAUAGAGUAUGAAAUUGAUAAAUAAACUUGGGAUCCAGACUAAACAAGAUUAUCAAAAGAUUGGUCUUAAAGAAUACAAUAACCAAUGCAGAGAUAUCGUCAUGAGGUAUUCAGCACAAUGGGAAACUAUAGUCAAAAGAUUCGGUAGAUGGAUCGAUUUCAAGAAUGAUUACAAAACGAUGGACACAAGUUACAUGGAAUCUGUGUGGUAUGUCUUCAAGCAGAUGUAUGAUAAAGGCCUUGUGUAUAAAGGAUCUAAGGUCAUGCCAUAUUCAACCAAAUGAAAUACAGUCCUUUCUAAUUUUGAGGCUGGGUCGAAUUAUAAGAAAAUUAGAGAUCCAAGUAUCUUGAUUACUUUCCCAGUUCUUUCUCAAGAAAAUACGUCAUUUUUAGCUUGGACUACAACUCCUUGGACUCUUCCAAGUAACCUAGCCCUUGCUGUAAAUCCUGAAAUGGAGUAUAUCACCUUCGUACACCCAGAGACUGGGCAUAACUAUAUUAUUGCAAAGAAUCGGAUGAAGGAGGUGUUCAAACUCCUUGGGCUUGAAAAAUCCAAGAAGGCUAAGAAGACAAAAGACCUCAAAAUUAUAUCUAAAGUUAAAGGAUCUGAACUAAUUGGUCAGCAUUAUGAACCCCUAUUUAAUUAUUUCAGCCAGGAAAUGGAAUCUUCCUCAGCAUUCAAAGUCAUUUCAGGAGAUUUUGUCACUGACCAAGAUGGUACAGGGAUUGUUCAUUGAGCCCCUGGGUUUGGAGAAGAUGAUUUCCAUGCUUGUGUCCGGGAAGGGAUUAUUUCCCCAGGGUCGCCACCUUGUCCGAUAGAUGAUAGCGGUAAUUUCACUAAAGAAGUACAUGAUUUCGAAGGAAUCAACUUCAAAGAAGCUGAUAAAGGGAUUAAAAAGGUACUAAAAGAGAGAGGAAGGCUGGUCUAUGAAGGAGUAUACGAUCAUAAUUAUCCUUUCUGCUGGAGAUCAGACACUCCUUUAAUGUACAGAGCUGUGAACUCCUGGUUCAUCAUGGUCACUGAUAUGAAAGAUGACUUAGUCAAAAAUAACUUGAAAGCUACUUGGGUACCAGAAUUUGUUCAGAAAAAUAGAUUUCACAACUGGUUAGCUGAUGCAAAGGAUUGGUGAUUUUCAAGAAACAGACUUUGGGGAAACCCAAUUCCUCUCUGGGUUUCUGAAGAUGGAGAAGAGGUAAUCUGAGUAGGCUCCAUAGAAGAACUCAGAGAACUAUCUGGAAGAAAUGAUAUCACUGAUUUACACAGAGAUUAUAUUGAUGACAUUACCAUUCCUUCACAACAAGGAAAAGGAGAAUUGAGAAGAAUUGAGGAAGUAUUUGAUUGCUGGUUUGAAAGUGGCUCAAUGCCUUUUGCACAACAGCAUUAUCCCUUCUCCAUCACUGAUGAGGAAUUCAAUAAAAUAUAUCCUGCUGAUUUCAUUGCAGAAGGAUUGGAUCAGACUAGAGGAUGGUUCUAUACCCUAAAUGUCAUUUCUACAGCUCUGAGAAAUAGCAAUCCUUACAAGAACCUUAUAGUAAAUGGAUUGAUCCUAGCAGAAGAUGGUGCUAAAAUGUCAAAGAGUAAGAACAACUUUCCAGAUCCAAUGAAGAUGGUGGACGAAUAUUCAGCAGAUUCCGUCAAGCUUUAUAUGCUUAACUCUCCUGUCGUCAGAUCAGAGCCAUUAAAGUUUUCGACUGAAGGUGUUAAAGGAGUUGUGAGAAGUGUGCUCCUACCUUGGUACAACUCUUACAGAUUUUUGAUUCAAAAUAUCCACAGAUGGGAAACCAAAUCAGGCCAGAAAUUCCAAUUUUCCUCUGACUUUAAAAGUUCUCAGGAUUAUGGACUAUUUGAUCAAUGGAUUCUCGGGAGGAAGGAGCAUUUGAAGGAACUUUUUAGAGAAGAAAUGGAUGCUUAUAAACUAGAUAAAGUAAUCAGACAUUUACUUUCUUUCAUGGAAGAUCUCACUAAUUGGUAUAUAAGAUUAAGCAGAGGCAAAAUGAAGGGCCAAGAAGGGAUAGAAUCAAUGCAUCAAUCCCUUCAUGUUCUAUAUGAAGUAUUAUUUUCUACGACAGUAAUGAUGUCAUGUUUCACUCCGUUCAUUUCAGAGCUGCUUUAUCUAAACCUUCGGAAUGGGCUUGAUAAGAACCACGAGGAUUAUCAAGACAGUAUCCAUUUCUUAAGGCUCCCAAAGGCUUCAGGAGGUCAAUAUGAUGAGGAAAUAUUUCCUCUGGUUGACCACAUGAAGAAGAUUGUAGAGCUUGUGCGUAAAAUCAGGGAUAUUGAAUGUGUCCCAAUGAGAAGACCUGUAAGAAAAGUGACAAUAAUUCAUAAAAAUCCUGAGAUAGCUGAAUCAUACAAUAUUUUUAGCAAUCACUACCAUACAGAGAUGAAUGCUCUAAGUAUUGAUCAAUCAGGUGAGGUUGAAAAGUACUUCAAGUAUGAUAUCAACUUCAACCACAGAUCUCUAGGUCAGAGGCUUGGAAGAGGCUAUACUAAGGAGCUUAGAGAUGGAAUCAUGAGCAUGACUAAUGAUGAUAUCAAUACUCUACUCAAUUCACAAGAAAUUAAUAUCAAUGGUAUUGUAAUCUACCCUGAAGAUGUAAGUCUUCACAAGAUCUUCCGCUCAGAUCUAGUUUCUAAGGAAGGAAUCAAGGGGAUCACUGAUGAAGAAUAUGCCAUUUUGGUUGAUUUCACAGAAGAUGAGAAGAUUAGGCAAUCUUUUGUGGCUAGAGAAUUCAUCAAUAAGAUUCAAAAAUUUAAGAAAGAUUUGAACAUCAACAUUGACGAUGAUAUUGAGAUCUAUUAUUCGACUGAAUCUGAAAACUUGUUAGGCACCUUCCAGACACAGAAGAAAAAUAUUGAGGAGAAUGUCUUUAAGAAAGUUCUGCUCUUGGAAGACCAAAGUUACAUUGAGCAGCUUGAGCAUAACAAAAUAGAAAUUGAAGGCGAGGAGGUUAAUAUUUACAUAAGAAGAAAAUAAUAAAUUUCAAUAUUCU